ACGUGAGCUUCCCUUAGUGUUUAUCUGGACCUCUUAGCCCGUUGAGUCACCCUGCAAAGCUAUUUCAUCGCUAUUGCAGCUGUCAUCUGUUUGCCUACCGCAUUAAACGCCUGCUUCCACUGUUCAUUUUGUCUACCUCUUAUCGAAAUCCACCUUGCCAACUGACCCUGUUUGGUACUGUCACCACCAAGUUCUACCGCAUAGCUUCUCUCUUUCCACUUCAUGCCGCCUUUAAUCCCCACAUCCUCCGCGUGCCACUCGCUUGCCUUACCACCGUUGGAGAAAGAUGACCGCAUGAACCUUACCGUCCGUACGGGUCUGAGUCCUGUGUUGUACAAGUCGUUCAUGUUCGUGCACGGGGGGCUCACGCUCGGACUCGAGGUCUUCAAUCUCACCAUCACCGAGAUUGAGGCGAUGUUGUACUCUGCACUUUCCGUCAACAACACCACAGUCCUUUCCCCCAGCACUGACGCUCCGGUCGAAGCUAUAGAUUUCAGCAAGUACCUCUCUGGAGAACUCUUCCAGUUGAACAUGAUUGACCGGGUCUGGUCCCGCAUCAAGCAUGUUUCAGCCGUUCGCCCGGAGCCGCGGCUUUUCCACGACAUCUUCGCCUUCGACAACAGGCUUUAUUUGUUUGGAGGGUUGGUGCUCACCAAAAAUUCCAACAAGUUUGUGCCGGUCAACGACUUGUGGGAGCUAGACUUACUAACAUGUCAGUGGAAGUGUCUCUCUGCCGCCAGUGAGUCCACCGAGGUUGUGCCUCGUUACGGGCACAAAGUUAUGGUGCUCUCCACUCUAGCGUUGGCCCGCAAGCCGGGCCAUUGCGGUAUCUUGAUCGCGGGUGGUAAGAAUGCGAAGAGUGAACCUUUGGCGUCGAACGCGGUGUUUGACUUGGUCGAAGGCCAGUGGCUAGGGACUCUUGACUUGAUGGAAGACCACAGACCGUUGACAAUCACAAACAAGAACGAGACCGUUUAUUCCGCGUUUGUUGGGGAGAAAACUACCUUGUUUGCCUUCAAGACUGGCAAUCCGAAAUUAAAUCCCUUUAUCCGUUUUGAGAUAGACAAGUCUACCCCCAAGCCGGCGCCGCUUCCGCCCACAACCAAGGCUGCCACACCGGCUCCACCCAGUGUUUCCAAGCCUCAGUAUGAAAAAAAGUUGAUUGUGGAUUCCACCACUCGAGAGAGAAUCACUUCUGCUACCAUUGCUAGUAUUGUCAGCUCUCACAAGCCCACGCACUUGAAGAUUGAUGGCUCCCGUUCACCUAUCAUCUCAAAUACCAGUAACAUCACCGUCCCAGAGCACCUCUCCUACCCCAUUGUAGGCCGCUUUGGACCAAACUUGGUGCUUACCGGUUUUCUUCCGCAGGAGAUUGACAUCUCUGUCUUUAUCUAUAACGUGCCCUCGAACAAAUGGACACGAUUGAACGUCAUGUGCAACCACGAAUUCGGCGCCCACCGGUUCUGGGGUGGUUUUGUGUGGACCUCCCACCACAAGGUCGUGCUUAUUGGUAACUACAACACCUCCAGCACCACCAGUAGCAUUCGGUACUUUACACAGAUGAUCACAAUCAGUUUGCCAAUCAUCAACGUGUUGCACGUGGAAAGUGCCACGGCUAAACCCACCCACGGCUCCUCGCUGACUUCGUUUGACAUCUACGCCCAGUAUUCGGCCCCCAGCAGCAACCUCACCUCCAUCAACUCGGUGUUCCCGCCCUCUGCGGUCACUCUCGGCCGAAACGCGUUCGAGAGGUACGGCUACGAGCUUGCAGACUUAGAGAUUAUCUCGGCUGAGGGCGACAGUGUGCCUGUUCCGUUGAUGUUGGCGCGAAAGCGUUGGGGGAACUGUUUCGACAGACUUCUCUCCAAGGCCUACGCGCGUGCCUUGGCGAGGUUCGAUGCUAACCAGCAAGGUGAUGGCCGUAUCCAGCUCGGGACCUCUGUGCUGAGUGGGAGGUCUGAUUGGAACUCGAUUUCGACCGUCGACGGUUCUGUAGCCGUGCCUGGGUUAACGUCUCAGCAACCUCUGGCUGCCCCAAAACCCACCGUGAAAGAUGUGCCCCAGUUUCGGCUCCCGUUCCAAGACAAGUCAUCAACGACAACUCGCCGCUCAUCUGUGCACUCCAGCGGCUCGUCCAUCGCCUCCAACGGAGAUGAUGCCAUUCCAACAAUCCAGAACCUUCCACCGCAGCAGCCUAUGCCUAACGACCCAGCUCCUAUGUGCUCCGCGAGUGAGUUGGCUGCUAUUCUGGUGAAGGGGACUUCCCAGGGCUCCAUUCCAUCAAUCCGGUCCUCCAACUCUGUGGAUCCCCUCGAAAAGACGCCGCAUCCCGUGGUGCUCUCCCUUCCUCAGGAUGGCCCAACCUCCACUCCGUCACUCAAUCCGAAUGUGGACCUCUUCCCGUCCAAGUCGCGCAGGCUGUCAAUUAUUGAAAACCUCUUUUCGUUACGUAAAGGCUCAUACUCUGAAUCGCCGUUAAAUUCUCCUAUUGCCUCUCCCAGAGGAUCUAUCAGCAGUUCACUGCAGUCCCUUAGACCGAGGACCUCAUUUUCGAUGGCAUCCAGCGGCGUUAACUUCAAUCCACGCUUCAACAUGAGUUCUACCAAUUCCAUCAAGUCCGGCACUCAAGGCCUCUCUCCGGGUCAUACGCCCCAGCAAUCGCCGCGUAUACGGCCACGGGGCUCGGUCUCGAGUCUUUCCCGUCGUCACUCAUCUGUCGAAGGCCUUACUGGCGGAUUGGAGAACCUAUUGGACCGUGACCGCACCGAGUCUACUAUUUCGCAUGCCACCGUACAGGAAGGCUCAGAGUCUCCUAUGGUAACUGAGCCGGUCUCGCAGUUGCACGAUGGAACGGGCUCCCGAUACAUCGAGGCAAUGUUGGAAACGCCAGUUGAGACUUUCCCUAUCGAGCCAUUGUUGGUUCCCCGCCAGCUCUACCUUCCGUUCUCCACCACCACGGCCCGAGCGUUUACUGAGUUCUUAUACACCGGCCAGGUGGGUUCCAAGUGGGAAAUCACGCCCACCACAUUGGAUGUGUUCCUUGCCUCAAAUUUCUACGAGCUCCCAUUGUUGUACGAUUUGAUCAGUGAGGUUUUGUAUGGAGUUAUAGGGAGAAAGGAGUCCAGCGUAUUGCUGAAAAGCGAAAAGUUGUAUGCGGAGAUCGAUGCUGUGGUUGCUAGAACCGGUGCCGCUCCGCACGUGCGCCUUCUUGACAAGUAUGAGGGGUUUAGAGAGACCGUGGAUGAUGGCUACUUGGACUUGCGAUUGUUGAAGCGUACCAGUAGGGUUCACCGCCAACUGAGCGUGGAGAGUGUUUCUUCCAAGGCUUGGAGCACGGAUGGAAAGCACAGCCCCGAAAAGACCGCUAUAAUCGACGAAGAAAUGUCGGAUAAGGGGAUGAGUAGUGCCAGUGAGGAGGAAAUGGACAUUAACUUGGCCUUCUUUGCCGGGAAUUUCAAAGAGCCCGAAAAGUUGGAUGAAAGGGCGGAUGACGAAGGGGAACAACAAGUGAGGGGUCGGGCUGCUGUCAAGGACGAAAAGGCCCGUCUUACGGCGUACAGUUCUCCGCCGUUGCAAGAAGACUCGAUGCCGACAUUGGAGGAACUAGCAUCACCCGAUUCGCCUCCGGCUCCCGACGUGAUUGUGGACUUUAUUUAUGAGGCCGCCGCGCUUGCUAACGAUAUGAAGUUGAUGCUUAGAGCGGCAAAUUGCCGUGAUAUGACCCGCAGCUAUCAUUUGGAAGUGGAGGCACUUGAGGUGUUACUUUCCAGUGACAAGCCAGAUGAAAAAGCAUCCAAGGACCGGCGGUCAUCUUCAGCUGAAAGCUUACUAACGGCCAAAGACCCGAAUUUGCUGACUGCACUGCCAAGAAGAAAAGCCUCCAUGGUGGAGACUACCCUGUUACCGCGUACUCCCGAUUCUAAGUCGGUGAGAGCCCUUAGUCCUCUGUCAGUGCAGCGGUCACCCAACCCAAUGGUGGCAAAGCGUGCAACGUCGAUGGCGAGAUUACCGGAGGUGACGCCACUCGAAGGACUGUCGUCGGGCGAUUCCGAGUCGUUGACGUCAGCGAAGAGCAAGAAGCGCGGGUUGUUUUCGUUCAUCAAAAAAAGGACGACUAGUUGAGUCG